UGAUUAACUUUUAGAUAAAUCCACUAACAAAUUCAUUUGAUGGACUUGCAGGAGAACAGAACACCAAGGGCUGGUUUCCCCGGUCCCAACACCUCCGAGCAAUCAUGAAUCUUCUAGGCAUUUUCUUUCUUCUGAUGUUUUGUGGAAGAGGGUUGACUCAGGAGCAAACAUAUGUCAUCUCAGCACCCAAAAUCCUCCGUGUCGCAUCAUCUGAAAAGGUGGUGAUCCAAGCCUUUGGAUACGAACAGGAGUUUCCAGUGACAAUAUCUGUUAAAAGCUUCCCUGAUAAACAAACAACCUACGCUCUUGGACACGCUCAGCUAACUCCGGCAAAUCAGUUCCAAGGUUCCGUCACAGUAACGAUUCAGCCCAAAGAUUUAUCAAGCAGAGACCCAAAGAAACCAGUAGAAUAUGUAUAUCUGGAAGCAACUUCCCCGCACUUUACAAAAGAGAAGAAAAUGCCCAUUACUUAUGAGAAUGGAUUCCUCUUUAUUCAGACAGACAAGCCUAUUUACACUCCUGAUCAAUCAGUGAAGGUUCGGGUCUAUUCCUUGAAUGAAGAGUUGAGGCCAGCAAGAAGAUCAGUCACCUUAACCAUUGUGGAUCCAGAAGGAGUAGAGGUGGAUAUUAUAAAUGAAGAUGACGUUGCCGGAAUUGUUUCCUUCCCUGACUUCAAAAUCCCACCACAUCCUAAGUACGGUGUUUGGAAAAUUAAAGCCAAGUAUCAGACGAUCUUUGCAACCUCUGCUGUUGCCCCAUUUCAAGUUAAAAAAUAUGCAAUGCCAAGGUUUUCUGUCACCAUAGAACCCGAGAGCAACUUCAUUAGCUCUCAGAAAUUCGAAAGAUUCAAGAUUACUAUCAAAGCCAGGUAUUUUUACAACAAGGCAUUGGCUAAUGCACAAGGUUUUGUCCGUUUUGGAAUAAUUCAGGGGGGGCAGAAAACCAUGAUGCCCAACGCCUUGAGACAGGUCGAGAUAGAAGACGGAGUUGCAGAGCUUUAUUUUAACAGCAAAUCGGCUGUCAGUGAAAUAGGCUAUCACGAUCUCCAAGAGCUUGAUGAUGCAAGACUUUACAUCGCCGUGUCGGUGGUGGAAAUAAGAGGCGGCCACAGUGAGGACAGUGAGCUGUCCACGAUCGUGUACACCUUGUCUCCAUACAAACAGAACCUGGUCGCCACACCUCUCUUUGUGAAGCCUGGACUUCCCUACGUCAUUAAGGUGCAGGUAAAAGAUACAAUGGAUGCGCCAGUUAGAAAUCUACCAGUGGUACUCACUGUUGCAGCCUUUGAUGUAGACCUAACAAGGCAGCCACUACCUGAAUCCGGGACGACACAGACAACUCAGACUGAUGGAAUGGCUUUAUUUGUGGUUAAUAUCCCUGCUAACACCAAAAUACUGGAGUUCCGAAUAGCAACGGCAGAUCCCAGGUUACCGGAGGAAAACCAGGCCAGCAAAAGUUACGAGGCAAAAUCCUAUGUUUCCCUCAGUGGGAGCUACCUCUACAUCGACUGGGCUUCAAACCAUAAAAAGCUGCUUGUGGGAGAAACCGUGCACGUCAACAUCUAUCCAUCAAGCCACUACAUAGAUAAGAUUCAUCACUACAGUUACUUGAUCUUAUCCAAAGGGAAGAUAAUACGCUAUGGAACUCAGGGAAGGAUACAAGGCACCAAUUAUCAAGGUCUGCAGUUUCAGCUGACUAAGGAAAUGGUUCCGUCGGCCCGCAUUCUCGUCUACUACAUAGUCACUGGAGAGGGAGCUGCAGAACUGGUAGCUGAUUCAGUCUGGUUAAAUAUAGAAGAGAAAUGCAAGAACAGCCUUGAAGUUCAGCUGCUGAGUAGGAAAAGCUCUUACAGGCCAAAAGAUGUCAUUUCGCUUUCCAUGACAACCCAGUUUGACUCACUUGUUGCUUUAUCGUCUAUGGACAAGGCAAUUUAUGGGGUUACGGGAGAAAAGAAGCGGCCGAUGGAAAAAGCUCUUCUGAAACUGGAAAGUAGUGAUCUUGGUUGUGGUGCUGGUGGAGGACAAAACAACAUAGACGUGUUCCGAAUGGCCGGGCUCACCUUCAUGACCAAUGCCAAUGCAGAUGACUCAAAAGAAGCAGAUGAAGCUUGCCAUGCAAUUGUAAGAACAUCGCGGUCUACCAUCAUCGCGGAAAUCGAAAAACUAGCGUCCCAGUACGUGGAUCCAGGUGUUCAGAAGUGCUGCAAGGAUGGAGCAGAGACGUAUCCCUUCAUACAGACCUGCGCGGAGAGACUCAAGCGCCUUACGGGUGGCAGAAGGUGCCGGAUAGCCUUCGCGAACUGCUGCAACCGUGUGAACAAUCUGCGCAGCACUGAGACACACAGAGUAUUAUUGCUGGCGAGACACCGCUUAGCUGCCCUGUGGGAUGUGACUCCAGAGGUCAGAAGCGUUUUUCCGGAGAGUUGGCUUUGGGAGGUCCACCCGGUUCCUAGACUGAAGAGCCUUCCUGUCACUCUGCCGGAUUCUAUCACCACCUGGGAAAUACAAGGUGUUAGCAUUUCAGAUGAAGGUAUCUGUGUUGCCGAUGCACUUCAAGUGGAAGUACAAAAAGAGGUCUUCAUAAGUGUGCACGUCCCUUACUCGGUAGUCCGUGGAGAACAAAUUGAGUUGAGAGGAACAGUUUACAAUUACAGAAGCAGUAUGAUCAGAUUUUGUGCUACAAUAAGUGUCGGCCAGGGAAUCUGCCUGUUCGGAGCAGCCUCCACCAAUCCACGUGGCCUGCAAAGCACGCACUGCAGUCGUCCUAAGGAACUCCAAGGCUUUUCCACGAGCUUAGUAAAAUUCAAGAUUCUUCCUCUGGAAUUGGGUCUCCACACCAUCAACUUUACCCUGGGAGGUACUUCUUUCCCUGAAAUCCUCGUGAAGACCUUAAGAGUUGUGCCUGAAGGUAUCCAGAAGGAAAUUCAUGAAGGUCACACACUGGACCCACAAGGAAUUUAUGGUGUGGUGAAAAGGCAGCAGGAAUUCCACCGCAAGAUACCACCAAAUAUGGUCCCGAAGACAAAACUGCACAGGACUGUGAGUGUAAAAGGCCUCCUUCUGGGUGAGGUGAUCGAUGCAGCUGUUAGCCCGGAGGGGCUCAAGUUUCUGGCCUAUCUCCCCAGAGGGAGUGCGGAAACCGAACUUAUGAAUAUCGUGCCAGUGUUUUAUGUCUUUGACUUCCUGGAGAGGACGGACAGCUGGGAUAUCCUUGGUGCAGGAAGUAUAACUCCAAGACUUGACCUGAGACGGAAGAUGAAAGAGGGGAUCAUCAGCGUCCUGUCCUUCCGGCAGUCAGAUCAUUCCUAUAGCAUGUGGAAGAAUGGAGAGGCCAGCACCUGGCUGACAGCUUUUGUCCUAAGGAUUUUUGGUCAAGUUCACCAGUAUGUGACCAUUGACCGGGAUUCUGUCUGCUUAACUCUGGAAUGGAUGAUUGACAUCUGUCAAAUGGGAGAUGGCUCUUUCAGAGAGAUUUCAACUUACGAGCCUGUAAAACUGCAGGGGACAUUGCCCAAUGAAAAGAAAGAAAAGACUUUGUACCUCACAGCUUUCUCCCUGAUCGGAUUUGAAAAAGUGAUUAAUCUAUGCCCGCUGCAGAAAAUUGAAGAUGCUAAAAAUAAAGCAGCAAAUUAUUUGCUGCAACAUUUCAAGUCUGCACAAAGCACAUUUUCCUUGGCCAUCGUUACUUAUGCGCUAACUCUAACAAACUUCAACCAAGCUGGUGCACGAACAGCUUACAGUUUGCUGAAGAAGGAAGCCCUUGUGAAAGUGGGCCCUCCUAUGUAUCGCUUCUGGAAAGAAUCGUCCAGCAAGUUGGAUCAAGCCACUCCCUCCAAGGAGACCGCCAGGAUGGUUGAAACCACAGCCUAUGCCUCGCUCACUACUCUGCUUCAAGGAGACAAGGCAUAUGCCAAUCCGAUCAUACGAUGGCUAUCAGAGCAACAGAGAUACGGAGGUGGAUUUUAUUCCACGCAGGAUACCCUCAAUGCUCUGGAAGCCCUGACUGAAUAUUCCGUCCUUACUAAACGGCUGGACCUGGACAUGAGCAUCAAAACAGCCUACAGCUAUCAUGGUGACUUCCAUCACUACCGGCUUACCAGAGGCAAUUACAUCGGCAAGCCUGUGGAAGCUCCUUUGGAUGAUGACAUCGAGGUCCGUACAGGCAGCAACACCGGAUUAGCUAUCGUGAAUCUGAGGACCGUGUAUUAUAAGAGCAGUACCUCUGAAGAUGAUUGUAGCUUUGAGCUGAAGAUUGAUAUAAAGGCACCUGAAAUGCGUUACCAGUCAAUGGAUGCUUACUUCGGAUUCCAAAGCGAAGCCAAACUGUUAACUGCCUGUGCAAAGUACAGGCCACAUAGGUUGGAACCACGGUCCAGCUCCUCCCAUGCGGUGAUGGACAUAUCUCUGGUCACUGGACUGGAAGCAAACCUCGAAGACUUAUCUAUGCUUGCAAAUAACGUCGACCAUCUUAUCUCAGAUUAUGAGGUAAAAGACGGACAUGUUGUGGUGCAGUUAGAUUCGGUUCCAGGAAGCACUUUCCUGUGUAUCGGUUUCCGAGUAACUGAACUAUUCCGCGUUGGAAUGCCAAGCCCAGGAACAUUCACUGUGUAUGAAUAUCACACUCCUGAUAAACGAUGCACCAUAUUUUACAAUGCUUAUGGAGAAGACUCACUUGUAAGACUGUGUGAAGGCAGCGAAUGCAAAUGCAUGGAAGCGGAAUGUGGGCGCAUGCAAACCAGGCUGGACCGAUUAAUAAGCAGCGAUUCACGGAAGGAAGCUGCUUGCCAGAAUGACAUUGCAUACGUCUAUAAAGUGAACAUCCUGGCCUUGAGGGAAGAAGGAAGCUUCAUUAAAUACACUGCAAUUCUCCUGGAUCUCUACAAAAGAGGGGAGACUUUUGCGGAGAAGAAUGCAGAAAUCAUCUUUAUUAAAAAGACCUCCUGCAUGAGUGUCCAGCUGAAGCCAAGAGAGGAUUACCUGAUCAUGGGGAAGGAAGCCUUGAAGAUAGGAGAAGGCAUCAACGCCAAAUUCCAGUAUCCUUUAGAUGCCAUGACUUGGAUUGAAUGGUGGCCUUCGGAAAGUUCACCUUGCAAUUCUUGCCAAGACUUUAUAGAGACAAUGGAAGAAUUUGCAGAAGAUCUUUUUAUCAAUGGCUGUUGAGUGCUGACAGUUCGGCGUUCUCCAGCAGCUUAUGACCUGCAACUCUGGAACCUGCAUUUCUGCAAUUUUACCCUGACGUUUCUUGGUAUUCAUAGCUGGACCUCAUUGGAUACUAAACAGCACUUUUGAGAGGGGAAGGGGGAAGAAAUACCUGAGAAGUCUGUGUUUGAAUGAAUCAGUGAGUUAAAGGUAGGAUUGUGAAAAGAUCUUUGAAACGGAAUAACACGAAGUGGAAAACAGCAAAAGAGAGAGGAUGGAGAGGAAAAGUGUUCUGAGCCUCAACGAGUAUGGCAAAGACUUGGAAUCUGGGUAUUUCAUAUCAGAUGCAUUAUAUAUUAAUCCACAGGGCAGCUACAGACUAGUAAUUGACCAAGAACCCACCUCUGUUCCACUUGUUCACCCUCUUCACUCAAAUAAAAGUUAUCACCUUU